AUGAGCCCUCCCAGUCUCUCUCCUUCAAUCACAGGCGAUGUUAUAACCCAGAACAGAGAGGGAGUCGCUGACAGGUUUAGCGAGAGUGAUACUGAACUUCAGCCGCUCUCUGUGGUGUUCAAGCACAGCUCAAUGUCAGCAGUGGCAGCAGUUAGAAGUGGAUCCUGGAUUGUGCUGUUCAUAGGAACCAGUGAUAGCCAACUCAUCAAGCUUGUGCUGGAUGAGAAAUUCACUCCAGGAUGUCCAAUAGUGCUAUUUAAAUCUGAUGAUGAACGAGCAGUGCUUCCCAGAAUGCACUUUGAUCCAGUAGAUUUCAAACAUAUCUACAUCGCUCUGAGGAAACAGUUAAGAAGAGAGUCCGUUGUUCAGUGUGCUAAAUACAGCACUCUGAUAGACUGCAGAGCUGCUCUGGAUCCUCUCUGCGGCUGGUGUGUGAACACACACAGAUGUUCUACUCAAGAUGAGUGCUCGAAUACUUCAUGGGUGUCCAUCCCAAAAAACUCUCUCCAGACGCGACUGUUUUCUUUUCAGAUGGCAGAGAAUUCUUCUAGAAAGAUUACUCUACAUCUUUCCUUGAGUCUGGAGAGCACAGGAAAUCCUGCCUUCUCAUGUACUUUCACUAAAGGAAGUGUAAACCUGUGUGACGGGUCUGAUCCGCCUGCAGUUUUCCCAAAUUGCUCCUGUAGUUUUUCUGACCAGCUACAAUAUACUGGAGGUUUAAGAGUCUCUGCUACUGUUACUAUUGAAGAUCAGAAGAUCACAGAGAUGCUGACACUGACAAACUGCUCCACUAUCACAGAAAAUUCACCAACUGUUUCUUAUACACGGUGUGUGCAGUGUGUCUCAGCUGGGUGUCACUGGCCCUCUUCCUCCAAACGUUGUGAAUGGACAGAUGGAAGUGGGCUGCAGUUACACAUACAGGAUGCAUGUAAAUAUCUACUGUCUGAGAUGGUCUUCAAUAAGCCGGAGAUUCUGUCUCUGGAGCCGAACAAGGUUUCUUUCCAUGGCAGAAACAAUGUUUUACUAAGAGGAAGGAACCUGGAAUCUGUCACUAAAAUCCGUAUUCAAGGGGAUCUGGACUGCAUUCCUAAAGAAUCUCCAGUGUUUGAUCGCUCCAGUGACACUCUAAGGUUCCACAUUCCUCCCAGUGAAACUAAAGGAACAGUGAAAGUGUGUGUUGUUACUCCUGACGACCGUUGUCAUGGUAACAGCAUCAUCACUUACAGUUCUCAGCCCAGCUGCACUGGAAUACAGCCCACAGUCAGCUGGAGCAGCGGUGGAAGGAAGAUUCAGAUUCAGGGCAGCGAUAUGGAAUUAGUGGAAUCAGUUACUGUACUUCCCUCUAAUAAAGUGCUGAAAACACAAUACAGCACAAGCUCGGGGGAUGUGUGGUUUGAGUCCCCCCACUCUGAUGGCAGUGGUCAGUUUUUUAGCUUGUUGUUGAAUGUUGGGAACUCCACUGUGGACUGUGUGUAUUAUUUCUCCUACCAGCCUGAUCCAAAGUUCAUUCGAUUUACUACCUUUCCAGUGGCCAACGAUCUACAGGUGAACAUUCAGAAAAAGGCAGAUAUGUUGAAUUUGAGUAUGAGUGAGGUGACUGUGACGGGUCUACAGGGAGACCGGCAGUAUCAGUGUGUUUUGGAGAAGAUUGAGUCCAAUGCCGUCAUCUGUAAAAUUAAAGGAGAAUCAGGAGCCGUCCCAGGAGUGGACUCACUCACUGUAAAUUAUGAGAGGGAGUAG